AUGAGCUAUAUCUUUCCCUUGGUGAUAAUGUCACUGCCAGCGCCAGCUAUGAUUUCCCCUCAUUUCAAGCAACAAGUGAUCGCGGCAUGGCAGGGAUGGCCAGUAUAUUUUGUCAUCAUCAUGACCACCCACCACUUAUUCAUUAAUCGUGGUCACAGGAAAGAAGCCUCAGCACGCCGUCAGGUGCUCUCUGUGUAUCACUUUGGGUUUGCUUGUUCUUGUCUUUGUCAUAUGGCAUGGCUGUCAGCAUUUGUGGCGUCUAAGAUCCAGUCUCUCAGCCAAUCAAGCAACUUCUGGUACCUGUGUCCUUAUGGUGUCGCCUUCCCACUUUUGAAUCAGCCCGCACAAAGACUUGGCGCCCUGGAGGCUGGACUGUUUACCUUCCUCCAAUGGGACUAUUGUGUCGCCGCAGCGGCCACGAUGGUGUGGAGCACUGAUCGCUACAUCCAAGAGUGCCACCGGGCUGAAUUGGAGAUCGACAAAUUCAGACUCAUCCUACGGUUGCUCGGAUGGAUUCUGAUUGACGGGCCCUCGGCUACGGCUGUUAGGCUCAUCUGGGAAUCGGAAGGGCCCUCGUAUCUGCAGAACCCUAAUUAA